AAUCCAAUAUGGCGGAUGACUCUGGAAGUGGCAACCAAAAAGAACCGAUUCCUUCCUUAAGUAAUUUUGAAUAUUUUGAAAAUCUCUCACAACUUGUUUUAAGUUUGGAGGAUGAUAAACAAAACGAGCAGAUAUUGCGAACAUUCGAGCUAUUUUUGGAACUUGUUACUCUGGAGUUUGUCACCAAAAUAGCCCCUCACUUUUGGAGUCAGGUUCAAUCCAACCAGAGUGGAGAGACUACUAAACACUUCAGCUUGUACAAUGCUGUGUGUUAUUUACAUAAACAUAUUACAGCCUUUCAACCAUCUCUUGAAGUUCUGGUAAACUGUACAAAAUCACUACCUAUAAUGAAUGUAAAAGAAAGUUUCCAGGCAAUAAUUAGAAGUACCAUAUUUAGCAGUAUUCCUGAAAGUCUUAGUAAUGGUAUUGAAGCAUUCUAUAAGCAGGCUUUCAAAGCUUAUCAGGUUGUUCACAAGAGUCAACAAAUAAAUGAUGAAGAUGACGAUGUAUCCCUUGUAUGUCAAGCCUGUGAGCAGGAGAGAGACAGAUGUUUCUGUCAGACUAUAGUCAGUCAAUUUUCACAGUUCAAUGAAUGGUUACAUCAUCUUGGUCUCCUGCAAAAAGUAGCUGGUCCUGCCUAUAUAUCAGUCAUACAUACAGCGAUAAAAAAUAGAAUAGAACAAAAAUGCAAAGGGGAAUUUGAAACAUCCUUCCUGAAGUCUUUACAUGAGUGGAUGGAGACUGAGCUGUUAGGCUGGCUUGACUCAAUCAUAAACCACAAAAAUUCUGGUAGUUCAAGUAAUUUGAUAUCAUUACAGUCUUGGAAGCCCAGGCUGAAGUAUUUCAUGUAUAAGACAUUUGCAGAUCUGAGGAUUAGCGAAUUAUUUAAUAUCAUUGUAGAGUUUCCUGAGUCCAUGCCGGCAAUACAGGAUUUGAAGGAAUGCUUUGAGCUUACAAACCAGAGAAGUCAGUUAGUGACAUCGUUACGAUCAGUAUUUGAAAAACGUCUCCUUCACCCUGGAGCCAAUACAUCAGUGAUUCUAACACAAUAUGUGUCUGCUAUCAAAGCAUUACAUGUAUUGGAUCCUACUGGUGUAACACUAGAAAAUGUCUGUCAGCCAGUAAAACAAUAUUUAAGAACAAGAGAAGACACUGUUAGAUGUAUUGUAACUAGUCUUACAGAUGAUAGCAGUACUGAACUAGCUGAGGAAUUAAUGCAUGGUGAACCACACCCAAUCGAUGAACCAGGAGCCAGUGAAAGUGAUGAGGAAUCAGAAGACUGGAUGCCAGACCCUGUGGAUGCUCCUGCAGAACGGUCCUCGCGUGGUGGAAAAACACCAGAUAUUAUAAGUAUGUUGGUAAAUAUCUAUGGUAGUAAAGAUCUGUUUGUGUCAGAGUACCGUACGCUACUGGCUGAUCGUAUUCUGUCAACAUUUAACUAUGACACUGACAAAGAGCUACGAUACCUCGAGCUUCUCAAACUACGCUUUGGUGAAUCACAUCUACAUUUCUGUGAAAUCAUGUUGAAGGAUGUAGCAGACUCGCGGCGAAUCAACUCUCAUAUCCAUACUCACCGAGAGAGGUCUGGGGAAAAGGUAAAUGACAUUGAUAUGAAUGCUAUGAUCUUGUCUGCUGUGUUCUGGCCUUCAUUCAGAGAAGAGAAACUCAAGAUUCCCGAUGCAGUAAAGGAGUCAAUGGACGAAUACCGUACUGGUUACGAGGCUCUCAAGGGCAUGCGUACUCUUAAUUGGAAAAGUCAUCUUGGUUUAGUGGAUGUAGAGAUUGAACUGGAGGAUCGAACAUUAAACCUUACAGUGUCACCCAUACAUGCUACAGCUAUUUACCAUUUUCAACAAAAAGACCGCUGGACCGUGGAUGAACUUUGCAGCRUAAUGCAAGUAACACCAGGAACACUUCGAAAGCGCUUGGCAUUCUGGGUAAAUCAAGGUGUUUUAAAAGAAGACGGACAAGAUGCUUAUAUCGUUGUAGAAAAACAAAAUAGCAAAAUCCUUAAUGACAUGGUCAUGGACGCCGAACCAGAAUCGGUUACAGCAUCAGCAGAGCACCAGCGAGAGGAGGAACUACAGGUGUUCUGGACUUAUAUUGUUGGAAUGUUGACAAACUUAGAAAGUCUUCCACUGGAACGAAUCCAUUCCAUGUUAAAAAUGUUUGCUAUGCAAGGACCUGCUUCRACACAAUGCAGCGUAGACGAUUUGCGACGAUUUUUGGAUCGUAAAGUCAGAGAACAAGACCURCAGCUUGUAAAUGGUUUCUAUAAACUACCCAAGUCCGGAAGAUAACUCCAACUAUAUAGCCAAAGUCCCGUCGAGAAGGUUAGAGUCAACUAUCAAAGACAAAAACAUCUAAUUAUGCCGAUGAAAUUCAAGGAAAAUAUCUUUUAUAUUUUACUUGUUAAAUAUCGCUCUGUUGCCAAGCAACAGUGCUAAUAUCCAAGAAAAUUGAAAACUGUGAAAUUCCAUAWUGAUUUUUAAACUUGAAGGAAAAUAUAUAUAAAUCUGUUGUA